AACCGGAAGUGUUUCUACUUGGACGGUACACUAUCAUUUCGGCGUUUAGCUUGUAGUUCAACAAUGCAGCAGCGGGAGGAGAAGCAGCUGGAGGCGGCGGUGGAGUCUCUCAUCUCUCGGGUUGCUCACGUGAAAAACGCUCUCCAUAGUUUCAUUUAUAAACUGGAAAAUGAGUACGAGCGAUUAACAUGGCCGUCGGUUCUGGACAACUUUGCUCUGCUCUCUGGUCAGCUGAACACCAUCAACAAACUGCUCAAGAACGAGAAGACGCCGUCCUUUCGCAACCAAGUAAUAAUCCCUCUGCUCCUGUCUCCAGACCGGGAUGAGGACUUAGCAAAACUCACAGAGCAGCGUGUCCCGGUGUUCAGCCAUGAGAUUGUUCCAGACUACCUGCGGACUAAGCCUGAUCCAGAGGUGGAGGAGCAGGAGAAACAGCUGAGUGUGGAGGCAGCACGGAUUGGCCCGGAGGUGGCACAGAAACAGAUCCAGACGUUGAACAAACUGUGUUCCAAUCUGCUAGAGAAGCUCAACAAUCCCCGUGACGACAGAGAUUCAGAGAGUGCCGCAAUCCGUCAGAGCAAGCCGUCCUUUAACCCCGCGGACACCAAUGCACUGGUUGGAGCGGUGGCGUUUGGGAAGGGGCUCUCUAAAUGUAGGCCCCCAGGCCCAGUGGCCCCUGGACACCCAGGACAAGGGCCCAUGAUGAGUGGAGGUCCCACCUUACAGCAGGUCACCAUCGGGGGCGGUUCUGGCCAGCAGGCAGGUAUGGGAGGCCCCGUGGCCCCUCAGCAGCAGGGGCAGCCAGGUAGGAGGCCUGGAGAGCUGGGAAAAAUACCAAGCAGCAUCAAAACAAACAUCAAAUCUGCAUCCGGGUCGAUGCAUCCCUACAACCGAUGAUCUCCUCGUUUAUUAUAUGUUCACCAGACGUGUUACAUUUCAGAAACACACCUACAGCAAUGACAUUUGUAAAACUAAAACUGCAUCCUUGUAUAUUUUCCUGCAGAAGUAAUUUUUUGUUCUCACUAAAGCUGUUUCUUUAAACGUUUUCCAAAAAUAAAAUGAUAAUAUUAGUGACCUUUUAUGGUGCAUUGUUCAUUGUUGAUAGAUUAUCUGAGCCACAGCGUUUGAGCCACUAGAGGGCAGUGUGUCAUCAUGUAUGGACUAUAAUAGCUUGUGUUGGAAAUGUUCUCUUUUCAAUAAAAUAUGUGUUAUUAUAAGAACUAA